UGGAUAUUCAAGGUCGCCGCGAAAUCUAAAAUCUCUAAUGGGUUAACAAUAAACAGCAAUGAUUAGCUGUUUUGACAACAUCACUGAUUGUUGUUUUUCACUAAUUUGUAAAGGAACAUAAUGAGUCACAUUAGGUAUCUAACUCGUAGAAUGAGUGCAGUAACAGUUGCUGCAACGUUAUUUACUUUCACCUUAAUGCUUCAGUCAAUUAUCAUCAUAUAUAACUACUCGUCUGUUGUCAAGAAUGCUUCUAAAUCAAUUAAUGUAGCUUAUGUAAAGACAGUCCCUGGAAAUAUCACGUUAACUCCUGAUUGGAGCUCUGAUAAUACUCUGUCAAUAGAACAGUCGAAUAUAUCAACAUCUAAUAAUACACGACGAAUUUUCAUAAGUCCUAGCUUUUCUUCAGGUUCUGAUGAUUUGGAAUAUCCUAUGAUGGUGGAUAUGCCGAAACUCGUCAGAGAAGUUCUUUCUAACUCAACCUUAAAAUUUCAUCCAAUAAACGAUCCACAAUUUCCAAUACUCAUAGGUGAAUAUCAAAAGUGUGACAACAUACUGUUAAAAACAGGAGAACCCCCAGAACUAUUGAUUCUCAUCAAAUCUGCUCCAUCAAACUUUUUACGCAGAGAUACUAUACGCCUAACAUGGGGUAAUGAUCUUUGUUGGGGUGGACGUCGUGUCAUACAUCUUUUUCUUCUUGGAAAUGUCCCAUCUGACGACACAGAUUUAAAAUCUAUAUUAAAAAAUGAAUCUGAUGUAAAUCAUGAUAUAAUUCAACAAGAUUUUCUUGAUACUUAUUAUAACAAUACAUACAAAGCUAUGUUUGGUAUUAAUUGGGCAGUGAAAUAUUGUUCAAAGGUCCCGAUCAUUAUGUUUGUGGAUGAUGACUAUUUUAUCUAUCCGAAAAAUGUUAUCGCCUAUAUUGAAGGUUUGAGCACAGAGCUGCGUAAACUCUUAAUCAGUGGUUACGUUUGGUUUAAUGCUGGACCAAUUCGUAAGAAUAUCACCACUCACAUUAAAUGGGUAGUUGAUUAUAAAGAAUAUGCUCCACGUUUUUAUCCUCCUUAUGUUGCAGCAGGUAAUUUUUUUCUAUCAAUGGAUUUAGCACGUGAAUUAAAUGUCGCUAUGCGUUACACAAAAUAUCUACGAUUUGAUGAUGUUUACCUGGGAAUAUUACUUAGGAAGUUAUUACAUGUACCAAUUCAUUUAGAUAAGGUUUAUACAUAUCAAACUGUAAAUUUACAUUCACCAGAGAUAUACGACAUGAUUUCUAGUCAUGGUUAUGGCGAAUCUGUUUCACAAUUCUUCUUAUGGGAUCAUUUAAAAUGCUCAACAUUUUGUGUACAGUCUCUUGUAUGACUUACUAUUAUUUGUCUUUUUUUAUACUUCUCGAUUUACAUUUAUCAUGUUUCUCUUUCGUUUGUAAGUAAUUCCUCCCUGGUUUGUCCAAAUGUCAAUGUAGAUGAAACUAGAGGUCAAUCAAGAAGAAACUUUGCCGCUGUUAUUCCUUAUUUUGUCCUUAUUGUUGUUAUUGAGAUCACCUGUCUUAUUCAUUUUCACUCUAAUUGUGUAUACUUUUAAUGUUAUCUGAUACACAUGAAAUAACUGAUUUUUUUAACGCUAGAUAUAUUUUCAGAUAUUUAUUCUUAUAGUUGCAAUACUUUUGAUAAAGCCUCUGAUAAAAUAUGCUAAAUGUAUUUAGUAAUCAAAAUAAUUUAUGCUUGACUAAAAAUAACCUUUUCUGUACAUACAUAUCGGAUUUGAUUUGCUGUUAU